CUUGAGAAGCGUUUGCGGCUGCGUUGCGGAUUAGUUUUUAGUGUGGAGUGGCUUCGUUUUGCAGAUAUAUUCUGAACAUAUUCUGGUUAUCGGUAAGGAUGAGUAACAUGAGCGCGCGUGUUUACGUGGGGCGUCUGUCCUAUAGAGCAUCCGAACGUGAUAUCGAGCAUUUCUUUCGUGGUUAUGGACGUAUACGUGAUAUUGUUCUGAAGAAUGGUUUCGGUUUUGUGGAAUUCGAUGAUCCGCGGGAUGCAGACGAUGCAGUAUAUGAGUUGAACGGGAAAGAGUUGUGCGGUGAACGCGUGAUCUUAGAAUUUUCACGCCGUGGACCUCGAAGUCGUAUGGGAUUUGGGGGCUUUGAUCGAUUUCCUCCACCGAGACGUGAAUCAAGAUAUGGUCCACCACAACAAACACGCUAUCGACUGAUCGUUGAAAACCUUUCGUCUCGUUGUUCGUGGCAGGAUCUUAAAGAUAUUAUGCGAACCGCUGGUGAAGUAACUUUUGCAGAUGCGCACAAGCAGCAUCCAAAUGAAGGGAUUGUGUGCUUCUUAACACGAGAUGAUCUUGAAAGGGCGCUUGACAAGCUGCAAGGAAAGGAGGUGAAUGGGCGCAAGCUGAAAUUGAUUGACGAUUCGGAAAGACGGGAUAGUCGAAGUCGUUCCCGUUCUCAUCAUCGAUCCAAUUCGCGUUCACGCAGCUCACGUAGUCGGUCGUCACGUUCACGCACUGGUUCGAAAUCACGUUCGCCUACACCAAAGAAGGAAGGCGGAGGUUCGAAAUCACGCAGCCGCUCUAGAAGUGCACGCUCCCGUUCUCAUUCUCCGGAAAGAAAUGGAUCCCGGAUCGGUGCAGUAGUUACUGAGAAUGGUGGUGGUGCUGAGAAUAGUACUGCUAUUCCUGAAACCAGUGAUGAGCCGAUGAAGGAUGCAAGUCCAUCUCCUAAUAGUAAUGAUUACAACUAAAUGUUCUCCUACAUUUUUAUUGGUGUUUAAAUUAAUAUUAAACUCAGUGUUAACAGAUUUGUUUCCAACUUCUCUGGUUUCUAAAGAAUUUCUUUUCUCUGGUUUCUAAAGAAUAUUUUUCUACUGUUUUUGUUCCAUCUACUGUGCAUGCUGUAAUACUGAGAAAUCGUAGUGAAGUCUCUUUUACGGAUAUUUUUGUCCGGCAAAUUUUACUGUAAAUCUCUGGCAACAAUUCAACUCAGUUUUUUGAAUGCCCAUCACAUAUAUCCUAGUGAUCUUGAUGCAUAGAUUUUUGCCGAGUAAUUGAUCACCUUUGCUGCAGUAUUUUAAACUACGAUCUCAUUUCCUAAUAAAAAUAACUGACAUUGCUAUAACUUACUGCUGCGGUCGACAUAUCUGGAAUCUGCUAAUAUCUAAUUAGACAUUUUUAGAAUUUAACAAUGAAGUAUAUAUCCUCCAUCUAUGUCUCAUUUAAUUUGCAAUGAUCAUUUUACCUCUAGUAAUAAUUACAGCGAUAGGGUUGUUGAAAUGCAAUAAAGUAGCAGCAAUUACAUACUGUUAUUUUUACACGUUCGAGAUUAUUCUGUACUAUUAUUUUCAUACAUUCACAACUUAAUUUUUGCACCCAUGAUUAUUUGUCAUCAAAAAUGUGGGAAAGAUUCUUUAACAGUCAGUUUAGUGCAUCGUACGAAAUAUUUUGUUGUUGAGUUGUCGCCUUGUUGACUUUUAUAAAUUUAGGGAUAUGAAACUGAUGCAUGCUUCGCUACCUUCGUUCUGCUUGCUGAAUUAUAUUUCUAUGUUUUCAAAAUAAAUGUUCAUCUCAAGAAAGCCCUUAACGGAUUCAAAUGUAGUGAGGUAAUAAGAUCUUAUUCUUGUGCAUCGCUUGUUCCCGUCGUCAGCCUUAAGAUAAUUUUAAGAUGCAUUCAAAUUGUGCUUCAAGUAUAUAAAUGGAAUAAGUGCGA